AUGUCGACAGACCAUUCGGCAAGGUCGCCGCUCAUCCGGGCUUGUGUGAUGUGUCAACAGCGAAAGGUCAGGUGCGACCGCAAAUCCCCCUGCGCGAAUUGUGUCGGAUCUGGCACACAGUGUGUCCCUGCCACGCUCACUCCGCGCCGUCGUCGAUUUCAAGAGCGAGUGCUAUUAGACCGUCUGCGCCACUACGAAGGCCUACUUCAGCAACAUAACAUCGAUUUCGAGCCACUGCAUCCCCAAGCCAAGCAGGAGCCUGUUGCUGAUGUCUCUCGGGACUGUGGACGGUCAGAAACGGCGAGGGCAUCGACCCCUAUCCAGUUGCAGGCAGUCGACCUCUGGCAGGCCAUUAGCCGAGUGACACUUGAAUCUGAAGAUGACGACGGUGACAGUCCAGACGUGCAGACUGCCGUGGUAAAAAACGACUGGGACCACUUCGACCAACCAGAAACCAACGACCAAACCAGCGAUGAUCUUCUGUUUGGCCAACCACAAGCUAAUGUGAAUGUGUUCACCUUGCACCCCGGACAAGCCCAGGUCUUUAGGCUCUGGCAGACGUAUCUCGAAAACGUCAAUCCCCUGCUGAAAGUGACCCAUACGCCGACGCUGCAACCACGGAUUGUCGACGCGGUCAGCGAUCUUGAAGAUAUCCAUCCGACCUUAGAGGCACUCAUGUUUAGCAUCUACUGCAUCGCGGUCGUGAGUCUGGCCGAUAACGAAUGUCACCGGCUGUUCAAAUCGUCGAAGGAAGAUCUGCUGGCGCGCUACCGGUUGGGCUGUCAGCAAUUGCUGAUCAAUUGUCGGCCCUGGCAGUUUACCAAUGUCGACGGCUUGACUGCAUUGUACCUCUACUUGGUCUCCAUUUGGCCGCAAACAGACCCGCGCUUGCUCUCCUCUAUGCUGGCCGCCGCUAUUCGGAUUGCACAACGGAUGGGGCUCCACAAUGAGUCGACAUACACUCGAUAUACUGCCAUGGAGGCCGAGAUGCGUCGAAGACUCUGGUGGUCGUUGGUGAUUUUGGACCAUCGCAUCUGCGAGAUGUCCGAAUACAAGGUCACCACCUUGACACCCACUUGGGACUGCCGGAUUCCGUUAAACGUGAACGACUUUGAGAUUCGAAUCGACACCAACUCCUGCCCCACCAACGGCGAGAAGCCGACGGAGGCGCUGUUCGCGGUAGUCCGUAGCGAGCUCGCCGACCUGAUCCGCCAUACCACCUUUCACAUCAACUUCGUCAAUCCGUUACUGGCGGCUGUGGCUAAAGCAAAGGAUCCGCGACACACGUCCAUUCCUGCAAAUGGUGAGAUGUUGACUAUUCAGAAGGCAAUUGAGGAAAAGUAUCUCGCUUUCUGUGACCCCGCUGACCCGCUCCACUACAUGACAAUCUGGACGACCCGCGGCUACAUAGCCAGAAACCGCCUGCUGGAGCACUAUGCGAGACACUCGACGUCACCAGCGACGCAGCAGACAGACGCGCAGCGCAAAGCUGCCCUGUCCUACGCUCUAGAGAUGCUGGAGUGCGAUACGAGACUGCGAGUCUCCCCUCUCACCAGUCGGUACCUGUGGCUCGUAGAUUUCCAUGUCCCAGCCCUGGCAUACAUCCACGUUUUGAACGAUCUAAAGAAGCGACCGACAGAGAGCCACGCUGGGAAGGCCUGGCAGACCAUGAGUGAAAAUUAUGAAGCGCGCGCCCUGCAACCCAAGCCCAGCGGCCAGGGUGUCUUCGCCGUCUUCGCAAGCGUGGUCCUCCAGGCUUGGGGAGCGCGGGAGAUAUUCCUCCGGCAACAGGGCUUGUCCGUAGAGACACCCCAGAUUGUGGUCGAUAUUCGGAACAAAGUGGCGCAGACGAGUUCGGGCUUCCCCAUGGCACCGAGCUGCAGCACCGAGGAACCGCCUCACAGCAGAAUCGCGAUCAGUACCAAUUCAGAGGCGACUCAGUCACAGAUUAACCUCACCUGUCAUAGCACCGACGGACAAGCCAUCCCAGGUCCCGAUAUAGGACCUAACAGCUUCCCCGACGUCGCUGGACCGGCUAUCAUGGAUAUUGAUAUGGAUCAAUUCUGGACUGCAAUGGACUGGAGGUUGAUGCAUACACAGGACUGGUGA